CCCCGCUGUACGAACACUAGUCUUUUGGUCAUAAAAAAGAAAAAGAAAAAGUAAGGUCUUCUCCAAGUCUUUCGAAUUCCGAGACGAGAAUUUGAUUCGACACUGCAGCCCGUAGCCAUACGAAGACACUGAAGCUCAAGAUGGGCUUACUGGGUCUUGUUGGAUUUGCGCUCCAAUGCUUUGGUGUUCUUGCAUGGCCUCUCUUUGCUCUCGGCUAUCCUCUGUGUUCUUCCAUUAGAGCAAUCGAGACAAAUUCCAUUACAGAUACUCACAAGAUAAAUACGUAUUGGGUUGUCUUCUCAUUGAUCUUGCUAUUUGAGCAUGCUUUUAUGAAGUUUCUUGAAUGGUUCCUGCUAUGGCCAUACAUUAGGCUACUGAUUGUCUUCUUUUUGGUGAUGCCCCAUUUUGAUGGUGCUUUAUAUGUCUAUAAACACCUUAUAUGUCCAUGCCUCUCCAUGGAUCCCCAAAUUGUUAUCAACUCGUUCAACAAGCGGAAGGAGUCCUUUGUGAGGGAUAACUUUCUCUCUGAGGUGGAGAGAUAUGUAAAGGAAAAUGGACCUGAAAGUUUGGAAAAAUUUAUUCCUUGCAAGUCAACAAGGACAAAUCUCGAUGUACAAGAGUUCAAUGCAGUUUCAUCCAUGGAUAAUGAAGCGUCAAAAUCCUUAAAGCCGAAUGAUCGACAGAAUGAUAUCAAAGCUGUGCCGGUAACGGCAAAAAAGAAGCAAACAACUGCUACUCAAGCAGAGCCUAAUCUCACUGUGAAUGAAGAUGGAUUUUCUUCUAGGAAGAUGAAUGAAAAAGUCAUCGAAGUUGCAGCCGACAGGGAAAUUCUGAAGACUCCGCCUCCAAUGAGAGUCCAGAAGGAGUGGACCACAGUCAAUCCGGUGCAAAGUCAAACUAAUGCAACUUUGAAUUCCCCUCUCGGUGAUAAUAAACACAAGGCUACAUACGAGGCACUGAACAUAAAGAAUGAGGCAGAGCCUAAGCUCACUUGCCCUGAAAACCGUACUGUUGCAGGUAUAGAAGAUCCAGAGUCUCCUAAAGAAGUCCAGAAAGAGUGGACUUGUGCUCUUUGUCAGGUAACUACUUCAAGUGAAAGCAUUUUGAAUUCCCACCUGCAAGGGAGAAGACACAAGGCAGCAUAUGAGGCACUGAAAGCAAGGAACCAGGCAUUUGUGUCCAAGAUUGCCCCAGCUUCAAGUGCAGAAACAUCCAAUCAACCGAAUAAGGAGCCAGGAAAGAGUAUUCCGAGCAGUGGAUCAAAACAAAAAGUUCCUGUAAGUGAAAAUGUGCAAGGCCAGAAAAAUAGUAGUCCAGCUCAAAUCACAAAGAAGCACCACAAACAGAAAGAGGAGCGCGCAGACGGUGUAUCCAGCAAUGGCCAGAAAGGGAAAAUUCCUAUACACGUCGAGAAGGUACAAAGUCAACAAACGAAGCCAAAUAAAGUUCCAAGGGUGAAGAGUUCUUUGUGGUGCACAAUUUGUAGCAUACGCUGUCCUGGUGAGAUUGACUUGCUGUCUCAUCUCAAGGGAAAAAAACACAAGGAAAAGGUGCAAGAACUACAAGAGAACCUAAUCAAGCCCAGGGACCCUUUGUAAUACCGCAACUGGUGAGUUUGACAUGGUAUAUCAUCUUAAUUUAAUUGCCGUCAUAGUUUAUUACCAGAAACGCAGGUUGUGGAGAUAUGCUUAAAAAACUCUUGUAAUUCUGAUUUAUUUCUCUUUGCCAAGCAACUGAAGACAUUUCGUGAUCAGUUUAAAUCAUGUUC